AUGAAGGCUUUAAUCUUGGUGGGAGGCUUCGGCACUCGUCUCAGGCCACUCACACUCUCCGUUCCCAAACCUCUCGUCGAGUUCGCCAACGAGCCCAUCCUCGCCCACCAACUCCGCGCCCUCGCCAGCGCCGGAGUCACAGACGUUGUCCUCGCGGUCAACUACCGACCAGAUGUGAUGACCACCGCCCUCAAGAAGUACGAGGAAGAACUCGGAAUCAAAACACACAUCAGCAUAGAGUCCGAGCCCCUAGGCACCGCCGGCCCGCUCAAGCUCGCCGAGAAAGUCCUCGGCAAGGACGACAGCCCCUUCUUCGUCCUCAACGCCGACGUGACCUGCGAGUACCCCUUCAAAGAGCUGGCCGACUUCCACAAGAAGCAUGGAGACGAGGGCACUAUCGUCGUCACCAAGGUCGAAGAGCCCUCGAAAUACGGUGUCGUCGUGCACGCCGCCAACCACGCCUCGAGAAUCGACCGCUUCGUCGAGAAGCCCGUCGAGUACGUAGGCAAUCGCAUCAAUGCCGGUAUCUACAUUCUCAAUCCCUCAGUGCUGUCUCGCAUCGAGCUGAGACCAACAUCUAUCGAGCAAGAGACCUUCCCUGCGAUCGUUAAGGACGGCCAGCUGCACUCGUUCGACCUCGAGGGCUUCUGGAUGGAUAUUGGCCAGCCCAAGGACUUCCUCUCUGGCACGUGCCUGUACCUCUCCUCGCUUGCAAAGCGCAAGCCCAAGGCUCUCGUUCCCAACAGCGAGUCCUACGUGUACGGCGGUAACGUCAUGGUUCACGAGUCGGCGAAGAUUGGCAAGAACUGUCGCAUUGGACCCAAUGUGGUCAUUGGCCCUGGCUGUGUGGUCGGUGAUGGUGUACGCCUGCAACGGUGUGUGCUUCUCGAGGACAGCAAGGUCAAGGACCAUGCCUGGAUCAAGAGCACGAUUGUCGGCUGGAGGUCAACGGUCGGUCGUUGGGCACGGUUGGAGAACGUGACCGUGCUGGGCGACGAUGUGACCAUUGGAGAUGAGAUCUAUGUCAACGGUGGUAGCGUGCUACCACACAAGUCUAUCAAGGCUAACGUUGAGGUGCCCUCAAUCAUCAUGUAA